AUGGGCACCGCAAGCUCUGUGGCCUAUGUUGGGUUCGCUCUGUAUCUUGUCCGUCUAUGGUGGAAGACGAGACAGACCGCGCACUCCGUUGGGGAUUUACCCGGGCCUACCACGGUGAUCGCGCCUAUGACUCUUCUCAGCAAGUUACUGCCGUCCAUCCCACUCAUCAAUACAGGCGUGAUGCAAGAGUUGGACAGAGGCUAUGCUGACUUUGCGGCGGCCGGAUGUGAUGCGUAUGCUCAUAGGAAUGUCUGGCCCCAACCUGGAGUUUCCCUGUAUCUUGCCGAUCCUUGCAUGAUCAAGGAGGUUACAACGCAUCGUUCUCGUUUUCCGAAGCCCGUUCAUACCGCCCCGUACCAGCUUGUCGCUUUCUUUGGUGCCAAUAUCGUUGUGUCUGAAGGGGAGGACUGGAAGCGAUACCGCAAGGUCUGCGCGCCCGCAUUCCUGGAGAGGAACAAUACUCUUGUUUGGGAUGAGACCACUCGCAUUGUGCUUGACGUGAUUGAUAAUGUCUGGAAACGCACGGACGUGGUAUCAGUCAAUAAUGUUCUUGACCUCACUGUGCCGAUGGCGCUGUAUGUCAUUGGUGCUGCGGGGUUCGGCAGGCGCAUGUCAUUCACCGAAGAGCAUAGUGUUCCAGAUGGUUUCUCAAUGAACUUCAAGGACGCUCUUUACGUCGUGUCCGAAGGCGUGGCGAUCAAGAUGGCUAUACCGAAGCGCAUGCUAUGCAUGACUCAACAAUUUCGGAAGGUCGACCGUGCUUUUGAUGAGCUACAGAGGCACAUGUCCCAUAUGGUCGACAGCAGGCGAUGUCGAACGACAGAUGUUCACAGCGACUUAUUCAGUGGGCUUCUUGAUGCAGCCGAUGCCGACACUGGAGGUGUCAGGCUUACAAGCAAUGAGCUCUUCUCGAAUAUGUUCAUGUUCUUGCUUGCUGGGCAUGAGACCACAGCCCACACGCUCGCUUUCAGCCUUGCGCUUCUUGCUCUCUACCCGGACAAACAGGAGAAACUCUAUCAGAACGUCAAAGAGGUCACCAUGGAUCUCGGGCGUACUCCGGCAUACGAUGAUAUAUCUAAGUUGACGUACCCAUUAGCGGUUCUCUAUGAGACCUUACGCUUCCGACCACCUGUCCUCUCCAUCCAGAAGUACAGCGAGCAAGAUACGCUACUAAAGGUGCAAAACGCUGAAGGCGGGACAACGGCCCUGCCCGUUCCACAGGGCACACCGAUCAAUAUUCACGUCCCGGGGCUUCACAAUAACCCACGCUACUGGGAGAAUCCCAGCGAAUUCAUACCCGAAAGGUUUCUAGCAGAUUACAACAAAGAUGCAUUCAUCGCGUUCUCAGCAGGUGCGCGCGCAUGCAUCGGACGUCGAUUUUUUGAGACGGAAGCUAUCGCUACGCUAAGCAUCCUAAUCUCCUACUAUCGCGUUCACGUUCAAGAGGACGCGAGCCAUGCCAAUGAGACACACGAGGAGCGCAAGACUCGGCUUAUGAGGACUUUCUUCUCUUUGACCACGACGCCAGAGAGGGUGCCGUUGACAUUCAAGCGACGAUAG